AUGACCUUGAUCUUAGAUACUAAAGGAGAGAAAAGGAUUAUGCAUUACAGCAGCAAUCAGAAGGUACUGUUAGUGGGCGAGGGCAACUUCUCUUUUGCUGCUUGUUUAGCCAAAGAGUUUGGCUCAGCGAAGAACAUGGUUGCCACUUCUCUUGACUCCAAAGAGUCAGUAAUGAUCAGAUACUCAAAUGCAGCACCAAGCAACUUGAAGGAAUUAGAGGACAUGGGAUGUGUAAUCUUGCAUGAGGUGGAUGUCCACACCAUGAGACAGCACCCUCUUCUAGUUAAUCAACUGUUUGAUCGCGUAGUCUUUAACUUUCCUCAUGCUGGCUUCAUUUUCAUGGAAAAUCAGAUGAGCCAGAUCAAGUUGCAUCAGGAUUUGGUGAGGGGAUUCUUCACCAGUGCAUGUGAAAUGCUGAAAGAAAGUGGAAAAGUUCAUGUGACUCACAAGACAUCACAUCCAUUCAGUAAGUGGGAGAUAGUGAAAUUAGCAGAAGAGACUGGGUUAUAUCUGGUUGAGGAAGCAUCGUUUACAAGAGGGGAUUAUCCUGGUUAUUUAAACAAGAGAGGGAGUGGGAAGAAAUGCAACCGUACAUUUCCUGUUGGACAAUGUAGCACCUACAAAUUUGCCAAGCUGCCGCUUCUUGAAUUUUCAUUCACAACAUUAUAUGAUCAUGUAAAUAGUAAAUGA